AUGGGCUGCCUGUGCACGUCUGGCCGCGUUUUCGCGUGCGAGUCCACUUCAUUCUCUGUCCCGAAAUCGCCAUCUUUUCAUAGGACCUCAUCAUCCACUCACAACCGCAGCGGAACUCUAACCAGGCGCGUGUGGGUUGACGAGCUAGCACACGACUCUAUCCCCACAACGUCACAUCAGAUGCCCAACUUGCUAUGCAAGCGAAAUCCCUCUCAAUUCACACAAUGUUGUGAACAUUUUUUCAAACCGUCUCCCCACUUAAUGCGUGUCACUACUUGUUUGGGCCCCGAUAACACAGUAAAUGUUCUGUACAUACAAUUCGUCAACUACCUGGCUCAUCGUCCUUUCUGCAAUGUACGUAUUUUCGAUUUGUACUACAGCCCACACCUCUUAUUUGAGCCCCACUAA